AUGAUGAAGACCAAAGCUCACCCUACCUUAAAUUCGUGGAUUUCUAGUCUAGAUGGGAAGCGUAAGGCUGAGUUAGUGAAGAAAAUCCAUGAAGAAGCACGCGAGCACAUUGUGAAAAGGAAUGAGCAAGUUGCGAACCGAGCUAAUAAGGGGCGAAAGCACCUUACCUUUCAGCAAGGAGAUUGGGUUUGGGUUCAUUUUCGAAAGGAAAGGUUUCCCAAUCAGCGAAGUUCAAAACUUAAGCCACGAGGAGAUGGACCUUUCCAAGUGCUGGAAAAGAUAAACGAUAAUGCCUAUAAGAUCGACCUUCCAAGUGAGUAUCAAGUUAGUUCGACAUUUAAUGUUUCUGACCUAUCUCCGUUUGAUGUAGGUUCAGAUUCGAGGACGAAUCAUUUUCAAGAGGGGGAGGAUGAUACGAUCCAGCCAAUUACGCGAGGUAGUGCCGAGCUGGAUGAAGGAGUUGAUGACUUGGACGAGCUGCAUGUGCCAAGAGGACCGAUUACCCGAGCUCGGGCCAAGCGCAUUGAAGCAGCCAUGCUUAACUUAGUAGAACACGAGCUCCAAAAUGAAGAAUUGACAAAGUCUAGUUCGAUCCCAGCUGAGCUUAAUUGGAGCGAAUUAUCGGGCCAGAUUGUGAAGCAAGCCGAGCUCAAGGACUUGAGCCCGUCUAGUCAUCCAGCCAAGAAGCCAUGACUUGGAAAAGAUGAUUAUUAUCAAUUUUCGUAUUUUAUUAUUGGACAAUUUAUUUCUUGUUAUUUAGAGUCCUAUUUGGACUAGAUUUAGUUUAUUUCGUUAUUUCCAUAUAAUAGAUAAGUUAGGAUUUAUUUUCCUUGUUAGAUUAGGUCUCUUUGACACUUAUAAAUAGGUUGCUUUAGGGUCAUUAUUAUUUGGACGUUUUUAAGUAUUAUUUUGAGAGAUUAAAAUUCUCCUUCGUUGUUCUUCAACAACUCUUCGGGAUAUUUUGCGAGUGGAUUCUUGUGAAUUAUUCUUAGCACUAUAGUAUUGGUUUCUCAUUCAUUAUAAUCACGGGGUCAAUACUUCCACCUUGAUAAUAUUGGUUUCUAGCUCUCUAUAGCUACGGGGUCAAUAUUCCGAAUUCCGCCAAUCGAAUCCUU